CACAUCGAAAGCCGAGAGCAGUGCCAAAGUGUCAAGAAAUAAGAAACGAGCAAACAGAAAAAGUGAAACAUAUUUCGUGCCCCCCAAUUGUGUCCAUAUAAAUCGCCAAAAUUACGCCCCACAUCGGUAUGCAGUCUGCGGAGGGUUCACCAGACAUGAUGGAUCAGAAGUACAACAGCGUCCGGUUGUCCCCAGCGGCAUCAAGCCGCAUCCUUUACCAUGUGCCGUGCAAAGUGUGCCGGGAUCACAGCUCCGGGAAGCACUACGGCAUCUAUGCCUGCGAUGGCUGUGCCGGAUUCUUCAAGCGCAGCAUCCGCCGCUCCCGCCAGUACGUGUGCAAGUCCCAGAAGCAGGGCCUAUGCGUGGUGGACAAGACACACCGGAACCAGUGCCGCGCCUGCCGCCUGCGCAAGUGCUUCGAGGUGGGCAUGAACAAGGACGCCGUGCAGCAUGAGCGCGGCCCACGCAAUUCCACGCUGCGCCGCCACAUGGCCAUGUACAAGGACGCGAUGAUGGGCGCCGGCGAGAUGCAGCAGAUUCCGCCAGAGAUCCUCAUGAACACAGCCGCCCUCACUGGCUUCCCCGGCCUGCCCAUGCCCAUCCCUGGAGUGCAGCGGCCCCACCACCAUGCCGGCCAUCCUGGCCAUCCCGGCCACCCAGCGCUGAGCGCCGCCUUCCAGACGCCGGCCGCUGUGCUGGAUCUCUCUGUGCCCCGUGUGCCCCACCAUCAGGGCCAUCACGGCUUCUUCUCACCCACUGCCGCCUACAUGAACGCCCUGGCCACCCGGGCCCUGCCCCCCACGCCCCCACUGAUGGCCGCCGAGCACAUCAAGGAGACGGCCGCGGAGCACCUGUUCAAGAACGUCAACUGGAUCAAGAGCGUGCGCGCCUUCACGGAGCUGCCGAUGCCCGACCAGCUGAUGCUGCUGGAGGAGUCGUGGAAGGAGUUCUUCAUCCUGGCCAUGGCCCAGUACCUCAUGCCCAUGAACUUUGCCCAGCUGCUGUUCGUUUACGAGGCGGAGAACAACAACCGCGAGAUUGUGGGCAUGGUCUCCAGGGAGGUGCACGCCUUCCAGGACGUGCUCAACCAGCUGUGCCACCUGAACGUGGACAGCACCGAGUACGAGUGCCUGAGGGCCAUCGCGCUCUUCCGCAAGUCCCCGCCGGCGGCUAGCUCCACGGAGGAUCUGGCCAACAGCUCCAUCCUGACAGGCAGCGGCAGCCCCAACUCCUCCGCCUCGGCCGAGUCCCGCGGCCUCCUGGAGUCCGGCAAGGUGGCGGCCAUGCACAACGAUGCCCGCAGUGCGCUCCACAACUACAUUUCGCGCACCCACCCCAACCAGCCGCUGCGCUUCCAGACGCUCCUCGGCGUCGUCUCCAUGAUGCACAAGGUCUCCAGCUUCACCAUCGAGGAGCUCUUCUUCCGCAAGACCAUCGGCGACAUCACCAUCGUUCGUCUCAUCUCGGAUAUGUAUAGCCAGCGCAAGAUCUAAGUGGAUAUCGGAAAUCUGAGUUGCCGUCGGCGAAUCGAAUCGAAUCGAAUGGAAUCCAAUCAUUCAUUCAUGCACUUGAAGUGCCUUCCUAGUGCUGGGAACUGUGAUAACCUCGGAUCCAUUUGGCAUUGGACAAUAUUCAAUCAGUGAAAGCUUACACAUCUCCAGGAGUUGAGCCUUAAACGCACCCUAAUACCUUAACCCACUCACUAGCUUAGUCGGAGUCUCCUAGCCUUAGCCUUACCCUUAGCCUUAACCCUAACCCAUCCACGAAGUGAUUCAAAUUGCAUUCGUAAAAGUUUCAAC